GCAAAACACGGAUGGAAAAGGACUAGUCUUCCUAUUGUAUUCAUCCAUUCAACCAAGUCAAAAACGCGCGCUUCGCUCAGCUUGAAUAAUAAAUCAAUAAUCCGAACAUGCGGCGUGGAGUUGGUCUGGCGGGACUGCAAAAGCAAAAGCAGCAACGAGAACAAUUCGUCUCCAAGGGCAAUGAGCUCGAGCAGAUGCAGCUGGCACAGAUCACACAACAACUGGAAGUAUUCAAGUCCAACUUGGAGGAGUUUGCCACAAAGUACGCCAAGCAGAUUCGCAAAAACCCAACCUUCCGUCAGCAGUUCCAAGUGAUGUGCGGCACCAUUGGCGUCGACCCUCUGGCAUCCACCAAAGGCUUUUGGUCCGAGUUGCUUGGCGUUGGAGACUUUUACUACGAGCUAUCAGUGCAGGUUGUGGAAGUUUGCCUUGCUACCCGAGCAAGCAACGGCGGCUUUAUCACUAUGCAAGAGUUGAUGACUCGGCUGACCAAGAGGCGAGGCGCAAAGGCACAAGCCAUCAGCGAAGACGACAUUGAGCGAGCUAUCAAAAAGUUGAAAACACUGGGUCGCGGAUUUGACAUCCUGGUUGUCGGAAAGCAACGGCUAGUGCGCUCAGUCCCGACCGAGUUGAAUGCGGAUCAGACUGUUGUGCUUGCAGCCGCUCAGACCCUUGGCUAUGUAACAGAGAGCUCUCUUGUCAGCACUCAUGGCUGGAGCGCAGAACGCAUUUCCGCAGCAUUGAAUCAACUUCUUCGUGAAGGCAUCGUUUGGGUAGACGAUCAAGGCUCGGAGCGAUCGUACUGGCCGCUGUCAUUGCAGCAAACAAGCGGCUGAAGCGUGUUGUCAACGAAACCAUUAAAAACGAGCAACAUGUCCUUUUCCAAUUUCGCCACUAUUCACUGAAUGUUUCAUCCCAUUCAUGUCCUGUCAUUCUUGACUUCUUUUUUUUUUCGAAUCCUCAC